AUGAAGGCAACAGGCGCCGUACUGCUCCUCAGCCUGCUGCUGCUCUCCUUCUUCUCGGAUGUAGCAGGUCAAGACAUUGAAGAGGCUUGUAGAGAGUUUGUAAACAGAAACGUGCACUGCACAAGAGAGUCCAACCCUCACUGCGGCACCGAUGGCAUCACGUACGGAAACAAGUGCGCCUUCUGCAAGGCAGUGCUGAGAAGUGGAGGGAAAAUCAGGUUGAAGCACCUGGGGAAAUGUUGA